ACGACCCGUUUAGGAGCACCCACGUGGCAGCAAACCUCUCUGAGGAACUAACUGAUGAUCAACAUGCCACCUAAAAAAAAAUCUGGAUCUGCAAAGAGCAAAGAAAAAAAGCUCAAAUGGAAGCAAGAGCAAGCCGAGGUAGCUGCGUCCCUCUCUAGAGUGAAGGUGGCCUAUGAUGAGGUGAACGAGUAUAUGGAGAGUCUACCUGCUUUCCAGAAAUACUCUAGAAAUGAACUUGAUGUGGCCGUCUCUCUUUACCGAAUGGCAGACCUGACAAAGGACGACGUCAAGUGGGCCUUUGACCUGAUGAAGGAGUGUGUGGAGGAGCUGUACGUCAGUGGUGGGUGGGGCUGGAACGACAGGAAGAAGUGGGACGAGUUAACACACGACUCUGCAUGUUUCCUGAUGGCUCGAGAGGUUGAUUCUGAUAGACCUGUUGGUUUCGUCAACUUCAGAUUUGACUUGGAUGACAAUGUUGAAGUGAUAUAUUGCUAUGAGAUUCACAUGUGCCCUGAGGUCAGAAGAAAGGGCUUGGGGAAAUUUUUGAUGCAGAUUGUGGAGUUAAUUGGACACAAAGCAAACAUGACGAAAGUUGUGCUGACGGUUUUUAAAGACAAUGGAGUAUCUAAUGCUUUCUUCAGAGACCGAAUGAAAUAUGUUGAUGAUGACACAUCACCCAUCUUUACCGACCCUCUCAACGAACAAGACUACACGUACUCAAUCCUCAGCAAACCCCUCAUCAAGAAACCCACCAAACCUGCUGCUAACUCUGCUAAACCGGUCGCACGAGCUUCUGGCCAUAGCAAUGAAGCACAACGAGCACAAAACGGUAACCCACGGCCACUGCACAGAGCCAAAAUAGCUCCACCUAAAGCUGAGACUUCUGACGAUACUCCUCCGACAGCUAGUGGUUGCCAUAGAGGGGAUGAUGCUACUGCGAGAGUGGAUGAUACGAAAGAUUCACCGAGCUGUCUGGAUGCAAACACAGAGGGACAUUCGUAGAUAUCACAUGCAUGUAGUGAUACUUUAAUAGUGCUUCUCAUGGUGUGUAUACAACACUGCACUUUGGUCAUCAUCAUCCACAAAUUCCUCAUGGUGCAUGUUUGUUGAUCAUUUCCUUUCCUGUCUAUAAUAAUACUAUUUUUUCA